UUUAUACGGCAUCAUGGCAAAGUUACACAGCCAAGGCUUUCCAGAGAAGCAGGUGUGCGCGCGGGGGCUGUCUGUUCGGCCCUGGAGGUGAGAGGAGAGCCUGUUUCCCCUCUCUUCCCUCCUCGUUAAGUGGAACAUUUUUCCUCUUUUUCCCCUUUCCCCCCCUUUUUUCUCUUUUCUUCCAUUUUUCUUGGAUGUUAGCGGAGAUGGUGUCUAAGCUGACGUCUCUGCAGCAGGAGCUCCUGAGCGCCCUGUUAGACUCUGGAGUCACCAGAGAAGUUCUGGUUCAGGCGCUGGACGACAUGGAGCCCCGGCCGGCCGCGCUGGGGGUGAAGCUCGAGGGCGUCCACACGUCCCCCGGCAGCGGCGAGACGGACUCGCACAAGCCCGUGUUUCACACUCUCUCCAACGGGCACGGCAGGGGGAAACUGUCCGGCGACGAGGGCUCGGAGGACGGGGACGAGUACGACACGCCACCCAUCCUGAAGGAGCUCCAGGCGCUCAACACUGAAGAGGCGGUCGAGCAGAGGGCCGAGGUGGAGCGGAUGCUGGCUGAGGACCCAUGGCGCGCGGCCCGCAUGAUCAAAGGCUACAUGCAGCAGCACAACAUCCCUCAGCGCGAGGUGGUGGACCUGACCGGCCUGAACCAGUCUCACCUCUCUCAGCACCUGAACAAGGGCACGCCCAUGAAGACGCAGAAGCGCGCGGCGCUCUACACGUGGUACGUCAGGAAGCAGCGCGAGAUCCUGCGGCAAUUCAACCAAGCACCACAAGGGUCUGGCAUUAAUAUGACAGACAAAGGCAGUCAGGAUCAGGUACUCCUUUUUUUCCCAGAGUUCAGUCAGCCUGGACAGAGUAUGGGGCAGCAUGGGGAUGACACCAAUACUGAGCCUGCCCUCAAGAAGCUCCGACGCAACCGCUUCAAAUGGGGACCUGCAUCCCAGCAGAUACUCUACCAGGCAUACGAUCGGCAAAAGAACCCGAGCAAAGAGGAACGGGAGGCUCUGGUGGAAGAGUGCAAUCGGGCGGAGUGUCUCCAGAGAGGUGUAUCUCCAUCCAAAGCCCAAGGGCUCGGCACCAACCUGGUCACAGAGGUACGCGUCUACAACUGGUUCGCCAACCGGCGCAAGGAGGAGGCCUUCAGGCAGAAGCUGGCGAUGGACGCGUACACCGGUCAAGCGCACAGCAUGAACUCCCUCCUCUCACACAGCUCGCCACACCAUCCUCAGGCCAGCACUUCACCGCCUAGCAAGAUGCAAGCCAUCAGGUACAACCAGGGUCCAGGUGAAGUCAGCUCUUCCACUACCAUCAAUCAUCACGGCAGCAAUGGCAUGACGAGUGGCCAGUCUGUGUUGCAGCAAGUCUCUCCUGGAGCGCUGGACCCCGGCCACGGCCUGCUGUCACCUGACGCCAAGAUGAUCUCAGUAUCAGGUGGAGGUCUUCCACCGGUAAGCACCCUGACCAACAUCCACAGCUCCCAUCACCCUCACCAGCAAACACAGAACCUCAUCAUGCCUAUCUCUGGAGUCAUGGCUAUUGCCCAGAGUCUGAACACGUCACAGGCACAGACAGUGCCAGUUAUCAACAGUGUGGCAGGCAGUCUGGCCACUCUACAGCCUGUCCAGUUCUCCCAGCAGCUGCACAGCUCCCACCAGCAGGGCCUCAUGCAGCAGUCCCACAGCCACAUGAGCCAGCAGCCCUUUAUGGCCACUGUCACACACUCACACAUGUACUCACACAAGCAGGAACCGCCACAGUAUUCCCACCCCUCACGCUUUCCCUCCGCCAUGGUGGUGACGGACACCAACAGCCUCAGCACCCUCAGCUCCAUGUCCUCCACCAAACAGUGUCCUCUGCAAGCCUGGUGAUCACGUCCACCUGACAUCCUCGAUGCCUAGCAACAGGAGUGCAUUUCCCUCUCCCCCCCUGUAUCUGUGGCAACUUUAACCGGCCGCUAAUAACUGGCAACCAGGGUCCUGGACGAAGAGACAGUCAAUAAAGCAGGACCCGUAUUGGAGGAGAGCAAGCUUGACAGCGAGAAUGGACGCUAUGGCUUGGUCUUUUUUCACGGUAGAGGGAUGGGAGGAUUAUCUGGACGCUCUCUUUCAGUUGAUCAACAGUGGAACAUGAAAUCUCUGACCAAGCCUUCUGUAACAGUGUUUUGCUUCUUUGUUUGAGAGACAUAAAUGCAGAGAUUCAUGAACAUUGUUCUGCAUGGAUGAUCCACCUUUGAGGAACAAAUGGAGACAUGUGUGGAGUAGAGGUGCACAACAGAAGGAUCCACACCUACCUAAUGGUCCAGAGGAAGCCUUUGGUUCCUUUGGUUUUAAUCAGCCUUGCUCUGGACAUAGCGGAACGAAACCUCUGCCUUACACAACCGUUCAUAUCCAAAGAAGCAUCUUUCAUUAAUGAGCUCACCUAAACAUGGACAUUGCCUAAUCAAAUUGUCCAUUAAACGACAAUCAAUGUAUUUUGUUCUAGAAGUAUUGGUUAGUCAUUACUGCCCUUUGCCAUUCCACACAUAGUCAAAGUGCUGGUGUUAAAUUAACUCCUGCAACUCCUUUGAAUUGAACACUGUGGGCUGCACAUACAUCAUAGCGAGUCUUCCAUUGUGAGUGGUUAGUAUGAGCAGUCACUGUUCUGUACAGAUGUAAAUACAAAUAACUAUUAUGCCAUUUCUUUGAAAGAUGUACAUAUUCAAGGUCUGUAUCAUCAAUGUUUGCUGUUUUUUUUUUGUCUUUUUCAACAUAUAAACUGUGAUUUAGAGAUGACAAUCUUUAGAACAGGAAGGACUAUGCAAUGUAGCGGAAAGCACAAAGAAACAGGGGGAUCAGCCCACGUCCAAAAGCAAACCAUACACUUAGAAAAAAUGGUUUACAUAGUACCAAAAAGGGUUCUUUGACUUGUGACAGUACAGUUUUUAAAAAGAUAGUUCUUUAAGGGUUCUUUAGUAAAGACAGUGGUUUUAUAUAGACAGUUGAACAAUACAUUUGUGGUUCUUUGCAUGGUGAAAUGGUUCUUCACAUUGAUGGAGAAUGUGCUGUACAUACUUCUAUAUUGAACCUUUUUGAAAAUUGUUCUAUAUAGCACCAAAAAUGGUUCUGCUAUUGUUAUGUAACCCCUUUUUAGUGCUAUAUAGAACCAUUUUUUACAAUGCAUUCUCCAUCAAUCUGAAGAACCAUUUCUCCAUGGAAAGAACCUUUUAAGCUUACAAUUUGAGUGUUCAUGGUUCUUCAUAGAACCAUUGUCCUCACUAAAGAACCCUUGAAGAGGCAUCUUUUUAGUGUAGCAGAAGCCUUUUUAGUGCUAGAUGAGACCAUUUUCAAAAAGGUUCUUUAAAGAAUCAGAAAAGAACCAUUUAACCAGGCAAAGAAUAUUCAAGCAUUCAAAUAAUUCUUGAGUGUUCACGGUUUCGAGAUAGAACUAUUGCCUUCACUAAAGAACCCCUCGAAAAGCCAUUUUUAAGAAGUUUAACCAGGCCAUCCAUUGACUAGAAAGGGAAGAACAGAACUUCACAGCAAAGCGUCCUCGCUUUGUUUGUUCUGCUUGUUACUCCAUCAGUUCCCCAUAUUAUCAUAUCUGAGGACGAUCCCAUAAAACCAUAUACCACACCGUGCUUUUUGAUAUUAUGGCAGUUUAUUAAGAGUCUCUUGCUGUAUUAGUGUGUAGGCUGAUAAACGUGAGGGUUAAGGUUAGAUGUCUCAGCCUGGAGAAACAGUAUUAGCCACUUAUCCAACUCUGAAGUAACACAAAGCAGUCAGUAAUAACCUGUAAAUUCAAACUAUUCGCAUUUCUUUCACAGUCAUUCAUGAAAAAGUGAUAUGUGGAUUCUUUAAAUAGAGAAAAAGAGAUUAAGUAUCUAGUCAGGUUAUAUCUGUUGCCAUUUCUUCUCUUAGCUCCCACCUGCUGUCCAGCCCUUUUUGUGCAUCCCAUACUUACUAUUAAAAGGUCACUAAACGUAUUUUUGAUGCAUUUACUGAACAUAUACCUACUGCCGUUUUGGUUACAGCGCCACUCAACCCAAAACCAUGUGAUUCCCUCCUUGUAUUAUUUUUGUAUAAAAUGAAAAUCAAUGAAAAAUCAUUAUUUAUACUGUGAGAAAAAAAGCUGAUGUUUCAAGUAAAGGCUCUUCCCAAGAUUGGUAA